AUGGCCGACCACCACCACCACCACUACCGGCCAACCCGCAUCUCACUUCCGCCGCGCACCACCAGUCCGACCGCCACAGCCACUACAAGAUCCUCCUACCCUUUUUUCCCCUACCCCCCGUCAACCCCAACACCUACUCCUUCCAAACACCGCCUUGCUCUGUCCUCCAAAUCCUCCACAAAUCUUAAAACCUCAUCCUUCUCCUUCUUCCUCCUCCUCCUCUUCUCUCUCCGGUCCCUCUACUCUGUCCUCCCUUUUCUACGCGCCUCCCCACUCUCUUUCUCUAUUUUCCCCUUUUCUUUUCUUGUAUCGCUUCUCUCUUUCCUUCUCACCCUUUCUUUCUCUUUCUUUAGCUUAAUUUUCUCCCCAAAAGAAAAACCUCAGCAGCCUAUUUUUUCUCUUACUUUGAUCACCCAGUCCCAGCAUAAACUACUUGUGGUGAAAUCAUUGCUUCUCGCGGUGGUUUUUUUGCUUAGGUUUCAGGCCCUCCAGUAUUGUGGCACUGCAGCACUGAUUUUGGCGGAAUUAUCUGGAAAUUUGGCGGCGCGUUUCGUGGCUGAAGGUAAAAAUCGUAGCUUUAUUAAUCUAAAUCAGACUGGAUCCUCCAAGGUGCGUGGGUUUAUUGCUUUGUUUUCCGGGUUGCUAUUGUUGUCUAUUAGUUGGGAUCGAAUCGAAUGCUUUCCUUUAUCUUCUGUGAAUGUUGAUAAAUUCGGGUUUUCAAUGUUUCCCCGUGGGGAUUGUGUGAGAAUUUGGCCUAUGUUGCUCCCAUUUUUGUCUGGGUUUUUGGGGUGUUAUGAGCGGAUUUCGAUGAAUUCGGGGACUAUUCGUGACUUAGGUCAAAAAAGGGUUCGGUUAAUUACAUUGUUUUUCACCACAGUUGUGCUUUUCAUACCGGCUGUUAUUAGUAUGUUUGUGUUCGAAGCAGAGGGAGAUAGUAUUUCAAUCUUGAGUCUUGGUUGGUCAUUGGCAAAUACUGUGGUGUUUGGGGUGCUUUUGAGUGAGAAUUACACUGAUGAGAAACUGGCUACUGCCAAAGACUUUCGGAGGGAAUAUUUUGUCACCUUCAUGUGUACACUUCUCUUGGAGUUAUUUUAUUUCCCCGAGCUCUCACUUUGGGGAUUGCUGGUUUGUGGAUUGUUACUUUGGAUUGCUGUGAGAGAGUUAGAUCCUCUUUAUUCUGAUUAUGUUGAAUUGGGCUACGAAUCAUCAGAGUCUUUUAGUACGACAGUGAUGAAACCAGUUAGGCACAUUUUGAGUGAAAGGAAGUCACGCAAGAUUGCUCUUUUCCUAUUGAUCAAUACAGCUUAUAUGGUUGUGGAAUUUGUUGCUGGUUUCAUGAGUAACAGUCUUGGGUUGAUAUCUGAUGCCUGUCAUAUGUUGUUUGAUUGUGCUGCUCUAGCCAUCGGUUUGUACGCAUCUUAUAUUUCACGGUUGCCUGCAAAUAGUCAGUUUAACUAUGGUCGUGGGAGAUUUGAGGUUCUUUCUGGGUAUGUCAAUGCCAUUUUCCUUGUUCUUGUUGGAGCAUUGAUAGUCCUUGAGUCGUUGGAGCGGAUUUUGGACCCUCAAGAGAUUUCAACAAGCAGUCUCUUGUCCGUUUCAGUAGGAGGUCUUGUUGUGAAUGUCAUUGGGUUGAUCUUCUUUCACGAGGAGCACCAUCAUGCCCAUGGUGGAUCUGGACCAUGCUCGCAUUCCCAUUCUCACCAUGAAGGUGUCGAUAAAGAAGUCGUUGAAAGUAGAAGUGUUCCAUGCACUGGCCACAAUCACCACCACGAUGAUCAUCUCCAUGUUGACCAUCAUAAACACCAAGAUCAUAACCAUGUCGACCAACACAACCACCAAGAUGAUCACAAUGUUGACCAACAUAGCCACCAUGAUCAUCACCACAUUGACCAACACCAGCACCAACACCACGAUCACCACCAUGUUGACCAACAAAACCACCAUGAUGAUCAUCACCACAUUGACCAACACAACCACCAUGGCCUCCACCACGAUCAUCACCAUUCUGACCAACACAGCCACCGUCAUCACGAUCUUGAGCAACAUGAUGAUAACCAUAGUCAUACUGAAAUACUCUUGGACACAGAGAGAAUGAGUAAGCAUCACCAUCACCACGUGGACCACAAUAUGCAAGGUAUCUUCUUGCAUGUCCUGGCAGACACCAUGGGAAGUGUUGGGGUUGUAAUUUCAACCCUCUUAAUUAAGUACAAGGGAUGGCUUGUUGCUGAUCCUGCCUGCUCAAUAUUUAUUUCAGCAUUAAUUGUAGCUUCUGUGAUCCCAUUGCUCAGAAAUUCUGCAGAGGUCUUGCUGCAAAGAGUUCCUAGAACUUAUGAGCAAGAUUUGAAAGAAGCUCUAAACGAUGUAAUGAAAUUGAAUGGUGUGUGCGGUAUUCAGAACCUGCACGUUUGGAGUUUUACGAACACGGAUGUUGUGGGGACACUCCAUCUCCAUGUCUCGAAAGAGACUGACAAGGCUUCUAUGAAGAAACAAGUUUCGGACAUUUUACAUUAUGCUGGAAUUAAGGAUUUGACACUGCAGAUGGAAUGUGUCAAUUGUAAUUAA